CCGCCCUACGCCCUCCGCCCUCCGCUCUCCUCUCGCUCGCCGUUAAGGAGGCUCUGCGCCUCAGCUACAGCCUCCGUCUCCGCUCCAGCCGCAUCCUCCGUGUCUCUGCCGCCGCCACCGCCGGGGGCAUCCGGGGGUCGCCUAACGGGCUGGCCCUGCGCCACAGUCGUCGCUUCAGCCUCCCGCCAGUGGCGGCCACAAGAAGAAGCUCGCUGGCCGCGGAGCCACUUGGGGCCUCAGUUCUCGCCCUCUUUCAGUUGCCGCGGGUUCUGGAGAAGCGGCCGCGGCCGGGGAACUGGGCAUCGAGGUUCCAACGAUUAACUGCUGAAGUACUGAUCGAGUUCUGUGUUUCUUCAAUGAGGAACUACAGGCUGAUCUUCUGCCAUAAUCUCAAACAGCCAUAAAUGACAAAAGAAUGCUUGCUCAGUGAGGGUAGCUGGUGCAGAAACCAUUUUGUAAACUUAGGUGUUUAAGUACUCAAAGAAAAGACAGCUUUGAUUUCUGGCUGCAAAAAAGAUAUGAGGAAGAGCUCCUCCCCUUCCUUGAAUAACUGCAACUCCGUUCUUGCUAACAAAAUAUUUGGAAUUCCACUUGAUGAGCUGCAGCAGGGAGGACAUCCAGACAAUGAGGUUCCGUUCAUAGUCCGCCACGUAGUGGACUAUAUUGAGGAACAUGGAGGUCUGGAGCAACAAGGACUUUUUCAAGUCAAUGGAAAUGCUGAGACAGUGGAGUGGCUUCGGCAGAGAUACGACAGCGGAGAAGAGGUGGAUUUGGUUAAGGAAGCAGAUGUUCCCUCGGCUAUUAGUCUUCUUAGGUUUUUCCUUCAAGAACUUCCUGAACCUGUUAUCCCUGGCAGUUUGCAUAUUCACUUGAUGCAGCUUUCUCAAGAUUAUAAUAACGAAGAUGAAUUUGGAAGAAAGUUGAGGUUCCUCUUGCAACAGCUUCCACCUGUUAAUUACAGUUUGUUAAAGUUUCUGUGUAGAUUUUUAGCCAAUGUAGCAUCACAUCAUGAAGAAAUUUGGUCUGCAAACUCUUUGGCUGCUGUCUUUGGUCCAGAUGUCUUCCAUAUUUACACAGAUGUGGAAGAUCUGAAAGAACAAGAAAUAGUGAGCAGGAUAAUGGCUGGACUUCUGGAAAAUUACUAUGAGUUUUUUGAGAAUGAAGAGGAAGAUUUUUCAUCUAAUGAUUUGAGUUCAAUUACUGAACAGGCAGGUAGCAGCGUUCUCCACAAGCUGGAGUCUGGAGAGCAGGCAUUUCACGAGGCCCUAGAGAAGGGAAUUACAGCAGUCAAAGAAAGAAGAGAUAUUAAUGAACUUUCUGGGGAAGAAGAGGAAGAUGAAAAGCUGGAACAUACAGAAGAACUUCCAGAAGAGGGUGCAGAAAAAUCAGAUGACAUGCCAGAGGUGGUACAGUUAAGGAUGACUGAAAACAUCCUGGAACCAAAUAGUGUUACAGCAUCAACAAGUGCCCAUAUAUCUCCUAUCAGCAUCUUACCAGCCUCUGUGGACAUUUUAGAAAGAACAAUUAGAGCAGCUGUGGAACAGCACCUUUUUGAUCUGCAGAGCAGCAUAGAUCAUGAUCUUAAGAAUUUACAACAGCAAAGUCUGGUGUGUAAUAAUGAAGCAGGAAGUGUUAAUUGUGAUGGGGAAGGAUCUAAUAACCAGGUUGAUAUUGCUGAUGGUAUUAUUAAUGCCAGUGAAUGUAACAGAGACUGUUCAGAACCUGUGGCUAGCACUAAUUUAGACAAUGAAGUUAUGCAGCAAGAUUUUGUAUUUGAGGAUGAAGAAAAUAACCAGACUGUAGGUAUACUGUUAGAGCCAUGCAGUGAUCAUGGUGAUGGUGAAGCUGGCUGUCUUGAGAGGAAAGAAUGUUUGUCAUUUGACAGUGAUAAAUUGUCACACUUCAUUCUGGAUUCUAGUAGCAAGAUAUGUGAUUUGAAUGCCAACACUGAAUCAGAAGUGCCAGGAGGUCAAAGUGUUGGUGUUCAAGGGGAGGCAGCAUGUGUCCAAAUUCCACAGUUAGAUCCGAAGAAUGUUUCUGACGGUGAUAAAUGGGAAGCGUCAUGCCCUAUCACUUUUCCCCUCAUUGAUUUCAAAACAAUGCAUCUGCAGAGAGAUGGGGAGGAGCCAUUUCCUGCUUUUAAGUCUUGGCAGGAAGACUCUGAGUCUGGAGAAGCUCAACUCUCUCCACAAGCUGGAAGAAUGAAUCAUCAUCCUCUGGAAGAGGACUGUCCUCCAGUAUUAUCACACCGGAGUUUAGAUUUUGGGCAAAGCCAGCGUUUCCUACAUGAUCCAGAAACAUUGGAUUCCUCAUCGAAAGCACUUUCUUUUGCUAGGACUCGAAGAUCAUCUUUUAGUUCAAAAGAUGAAAAAAGAGAAGACAGAACACCAUACCACUUAGUCAAGAAACUUCAGAAAAAAAUCAGACAAUUUGAGGAACAGUUUGAAAGGGAAAGAAAUAGCAAGCCCUCCUACAGUGAUAUAGCAGCCAAUCCAAAGGUAUUAAAAUGGAUGACAGAGCUCACCAAACUGCGAAAGCAAAUCAAAGAUGCAAAACACAAAACCUCUGAUGGAGAGUUUGUACCUCAGACACGUCCACGUAGUAACACUCUUCCAAAAAGCUUUGGCUCGUCUCUAGACCAUGAAGAUGAAGAGAAUGAAGAUGAAUCCCGGGUCAUUCAGAAGGAGAAGAAGCCAUCUAAGGAAGCAACACUUGAACUUAUUCUGAAAAGACUGAAAGAAAAACGUGUUGAGAGGUGUCUUCCAGAAGAUAUCAAAAAAAUGACAAAAGAUCAUUUGGUAGAAGAGAAAACUUCUCUCCAGAAAAGUCUUCUUUAUUAUGAAAGUCAACAUGGAAGGCCGGUAACCAGGGAAGAAAGGCACAUUGUUAAACCUCUUUAUGAUAGAUACAGACUUGUAAAACAGAUGCUGACAAGAGCUAGCAUCACUCCUGUCCUUGGAUCUCCAUCCACCAAGCGAAGGGGUCAGAUGUUACAGCCAAUCAUAGAAGGAGAAACUGCACAUUUUUUUGAAGAAAUCAAGGAAGAAGAAGAAGAAGAUGGUGUUAGUCUGUCCUCUGAGUUAACUGAUAUCUUGAAAACUGCUGUACAGGCACAGUCUUCAUUGGAAAACUCAGAAUCUGAUAUGGAAGAAAAUCAAGAAAAACUGGCUCUAGAUCUCCGAUUGUCAAGUACUCGAGCAGCUUCUAUGCCCGAAUUACUGGAACAACUUUGGAAAGCCAGAGCUGAAAAAAAGAAACUACGUAAAACGUUACGGGAAUUUGAAGAAGCAUUUUAUCAACAAAAUGGAAGGAAUGCCCAGAAAGAGGAUCGUGUUCCAGUGCUUGAGGAGUACAGGGAGUACAAGAAAAUUAAAGCCAAGCUUAGGCUUCUUGAAGUUCUUAUCAGCAAACAAGAUUCUUCAAAAUCCAUAUAAAAUAUGAUCCUUGAAAACAUCAUAAAAUCAGUUGUAUUCCCUGAAGCUAUCAUCAUGUGUACUUGGCUGGUACUUAAGUUCAUUUUGUCAGGCACUCACAGAGUCUCAUUUUGUACUUGCUGGUGGUGCCACUAGAGAAAUGAUGGGAGGGUAAGUAGACCCUGUCUAGGGAGUGCGAUGUUCCAUGUUAACCACAGACUGCCCCCUACCUUUAGCAAACAUCCACUUUUCUUCAUUGUUUUGUACUACAGAUACAUCGUGUUAGUAGAAGACUAAUAUUUUAUCUUUUCAACUUUAAGAACUUUGGAGAUAGAAGCUUUUUGUUAUUACCAACUUUAUUAUUUUGUUUUUCAUUACUCAAGAAAAUUGAGAGGAAAAUCUUCACAUUGAAUUCUUCUUCAGUUGCCUUUUUCUUACAGAAUGACUGAAAAUUUGAAAGAAAAGCCUAUAAAUGUGCACAUAUGCAACUAUGUUCUCUGUUUUCUUAGAAAACCAAAAUCAACUGAAAUUUCAAGUCCUACUGUGGAACAUAUUUCUGUUAAAUUCCCAAAGUGACACUUUCUCACAGGUAGUAUGUUAGCAGAAUUUUGCAAUUCAGUGGUCACACAGCUCCUGGAUGAAGAUAACAGCGGGUAGACCAAAAAGUGACCUUGCUUAUUAGUAUAGUGAAAACACACAGCACACAUCACACACAGAACUGAAUUAAUAUCACAUGCUGCCUUUGGGACUUAAGUUACUGUUUGUUUCCUCAGUUACAGUUUAUCAGUUGGUGAUGAUGUGAUUUGUCUGGAUUAGAUCCUGCAUUUUUUCCCCCUACCCACCUCCAGAUAAUGUGAGAAAAUAGCCAUGUCAGUAUGUAGGAACUCUGAUGGUGCUCAGAUUUGUGUGUUCAAUCAAAUGGGCUUAAAUUGGCAAAAGAAUCAUUAUGCCUGAAGUAAAUCUAUUCUUAACAAGGGCUAUACCACUGCAUUUUUACAUGUACCUUCAAGGGGUUGCAUCAUUUUUUUUUUCUUUUUUAAUCAGCAAAAUCCAUAAAGAAAACAUCCUCUAGAGGGAUCACCUUUUGCUCAAUCACAAGCUGUUUAAAGCAGCUGGUUAUAGGUGUAUUGUGGUAUGCCCCUUGUCAUACACUCUAAGCAUAUCUUUUUUUCUCUGGCUUUGCAUGGCUUUUCUUCAGGUUCUUUCCUGGUAUAAUUCUGCUAAUUAUUUUCACAGAAUGGUGACUUUAUUUGUGCUAACAAUAUGAUAGUCAUUAACAGCAUAUUCUGAUCAGGCUUAAUCUAAGUGUUCAUUUUUUUCCUGGUGCUUUUUUGGAUUGAUGAGUGUCUCACUUUGUGCCCAUGUUUUGCAUGCAGUGACUCAUGCAUGGUUUUCUUAACUAGCUAAUAUUCAUAAUUUGUUCCAUACAAAAAUGGACUUUUGCAGCAUCCUUUAAUAAGGUGAGGGAAGCAUGAACCUCAGACUUCUGGCACUAUUACAUAGCACAUGAAGUAGCUUGAUAAUAAGUAGCAUUUCUAGUACUUCACAUUUCUAGUACUUCACAUUUCACCUGUGUGUGCAAUGCCUUUUUUGGGGGGAGGGAAUGUUCCUUGGUAGUGAACGUGUCAUUGGGGAAUAAAGCACUAAAUCCAGCCCUUUUCGUGUGGUUUCCUUUUGAUACAGCUAGGUUAUUCAUAAUGUACACCUAGAAACGUGAAAUUGAGAACACCAAAAGAUGUUAUCAUUUUGAUUUGAAUUCAUCAUGCAGUGUACAUUUAGUUAAUUUCUUUCAGUCUCCAACAGGAGUAUAUCCAAACAUCUUAUUUAAUGUGCACUGUAUAUUGUUUUAUAUGAAUGUUUUAUUUUAUAUACCACAUGCAAAAAUGUCCAUAUGCACUAUUUAAAUGUUUUAAAUAAUAUAUUCCUUCUUUAUAAUGCUAAAUCUAUAUGAGUACCAUAUUUUUAUAAGUCAGUGGCCUGACUGGUUUCAUUUUAGAAUUAACAGCUGCUUCAUGAUGUUGGUUAUUCACUGUUAAUGUUUGGCUGUGAGUAGAAUAGAUGAAAAGUGGCAUGGCAGCACUUAUGCUAUGUGACAGUAUUGUGUGUCAUAGUUCAGUAGUAAGUGGUAGAAUUAGGCAGUUUGUGAUAAUUUUACUUUGGUACAAGUAAAAACUGUAUAUCUAUAUACAAACAGUAUAUAGAUAUAUACGACUACAAGUAUAAUUGCAUUGCUGUGUUUGGCACUUCAUUGUAUAGACUUUUGUAAUAAAAGAACUUUAAUGUUCUAAGUCAUUGUAAAUGUUUUUUGUUUUUUUCACUAGAUGUUUAAAAAGAAGAAAUAAAACCCUCAAGUGUUCCCUUGC